CUAGGAGGAAAUAGGAAAUUGCACCUCCUGCACGUAGGAAGUUUUAUGCCUACAACUAUGACUACAAUCCCAACAAGUUUAGAGCUGCAAGGAAAAUUCGAUGCAACUUCAAACUUGAUGUAGGGACACACACCAUUAACUAUUCCGGACCCAAACUCAAUUGGGUACCAAAAUCUUCCUCCUCCUAAUGCAGGAAGCCGCUAAGUACCCAGGUGUCUGGUACUUAGACACUGGCUGUUCAAGACACGUGACGGGUGAUGCGAGCCUUUUGAGCAAUCUAAUUCCCUAUGAUGGUCCAAGAGUUACUUUUGGAGGAAGCAAUGAUUUUGGCCUGACUAAAGGGCUAGGAAAUCUGGUGUACAAGGGACUAACCAUCCAAGCUGUAUCUUAUGUUGAAGGUCUCAAUUACAACCUUCUUAGCAUAAGUCAGUUUUGUGAUAAAGGUUACUCCUUGGAAUUCUGCAAGGACAUGGCAUCUCUCAAGAACAUCUCCACAAAUGAAGUCAUUCUCAGUGGGAAGAGAAUCAGAAACAUCUAUGAAGUAAUGUGGGACAAUGUCAAGGAAGCAUGUCUAAUCAGCAAAAGUGACACUAACCUUCUAUGGCUUUGGAAUAAGAGGUUGAGUCAUCUCAACUUCAAAACUCUCAACAAGCUGUCCAAAGAAGGGUUAGUAGAAGGUCUUCCAAAAGCUGUAUUCAGAAAUGAAAGCAUUUGUGAUGCUUGCCAGAAAGGAAAGCAAGUCAAUUCUAAUUUCAAGGCAAAACCGGCACCCUCAACUACAAGGAUAUUAAGUCUUCUUCACAUGGACUUAUUUGGCCCUGUUACACCAAUAAGUCUAAGUGGAAUGAAAUAUGUCCUGGUGGUAGUUGAUGAUUACUCAAGAUACACGUGGACAAUCUUCCUCAAUAGCAAGAAGGAAACUCAAGGGAAACUCACUAACUGCAUGAAGCUGAUUCAAAACCAAGCAAGUCAGACCAUUCAGAAGAUCAGAUUUGACAAAGGCACAGAAUUCCUGAAUGAAACCAUCAUUCACUACUAUGAAAAACAUGUGGUUGACAAGCCAUCAAAGCAUGAUCAUGAGGUUCUGGAUCUAUCAAACAAGGAUGAAGAAGUCAAUGAAGGAGAUAGAAUGAAGCCCACGGAGUCCAUUCCAUUCAGAAGUCUCCCACUGAAGACUUCACAGAGAAAUCCGGAUUCAGAUAGUGCUGAGCCUACCGGAAAUUUUGGCCAGCCUUUCAAUAUUCCGGAUCACUCAAACAGCGACAAUUCCGGAAAUGGCGACCCAGUGCCAAUCCAUCCGGAAACACCAACAACUUCUGUUCUUCAACCAGAAGCUGAACUAGAUCAACCAGUCAAUCUCAAUCAACACAAUCUUCGUUGGUUAAGGGAUCAUCCUCCUCAAUAUAUCAUUGGAGAUAUUCAUUAUGGCGUUCGCACAAGGAGUGCCCAACAGAAUCUAGAAGCUAUGCUUGCUUAUUCUUCAGAUCUUCUCACUCAAAUUUCUGAGAGAAUGAAGAUUGUUGGCGCUAAUGUCCAUUUCCAGAAAUUGGAAGCUAAAUGCUCUUCACCAGCGUUCUAUCAAAGCUAUUUGGAGAUGAUAGCCGCUCAAGAACUCUCCGAAUUCCUUCAUAUGGAGAUCCACCUCAAAUAUGAAGAAGAGGUUCUUGAAUUCUACAAAAAUGGGGAGGUCAAGACUGUUCAUUCAAAGAAGGAUCCACAGAGGAUGAUUCAAGUCAUCAAGUCCACUGUUGGAGGUACCAAAGUGAAGCUUUCGCAGAAGAAAUUGAGAGAAAAGCUUCACCUUCCCAACUCUGGAGCUGAACUUGGGAGAUUACCAAUCAAAAAUCUGGACUGGAAUAUUAUUGGAAUUUCUAGGCAAAUUCCUUCUGGCCCAGCGAAGAAAGCAGACCUGAACAACGACUACAAACUCAAGAAGAGGAAAACCACCUCUCCCUCAACAUCUGGAAAUGUCAACCCGGAUGAGUUGAAGGAGAAGGAACCUGCUGAGGAAACCUCUGCCCACAACCAGAGCCCUCAACAACUCGAAGAAGAAGCUCAUCAAGUCCAUAGUCUUCCAACCCCCUCACCUCAACCCCAAACAGAUGAUGUUGAUAACCAAUUCUGGCAGCUCUACUAUGACUGGAGAGCUUGGAAGGUUGGAAAUUUAGCAGAGCAGUUGUUGGGUUGGGACCAAAAACUGAAGAAUGAGAAGAUCAUCAAGAAGUUCUUAGGACUACUAGUCAACCACAGCUGUGAACAAAUCUUGGAUGAUGCCUGGGUAUGGAAAAGGAACUAUGUAGACUUGCAUCUGGAACACUUGGCCACCACACCAGUUUCAGAAUUUGAAGUGGAUGAUGAGGAUCCUGCAGUCUACAAGCCAGUCUUCUCAAAAGCCACAGAAGAUCAGGUGGUUCUCACUUCGGAAGCACAGGCUGACUUGGAAGCAACAGCUGAGGAUUUCCAAAUAUUUUCGGAAACCUCAUCUGCCUUUGAAACGGUUUUGCCUGAAGCUCUCCAAGAGAAUGCAGUCUCUACUCCACAAAAACAGAACCAGGAAGCAUCAGAUGAAGAACUUCAGCAACAUCUCAAGUCUCAAGUCCUUGAGAAUCUCACAACUGCUUAUGAACAAGCUGUAGAAGCCCAAAGGAAUUCUGCAGAAGCUGAAAAGGAAGAUCAAAUGGAAGAACUGGAGGCCUCUAAAACUCCAGUGGCUGUUUUUGAAGAGCAGAAUGAAGCUGAAGAAAGAGACUCCCUCUAUAGGGACAUAUCAAAUUUUAUACUUGAUGAAGGAGAAGGAGAGUCUGAGAGGACACUAAGGAUCGCUGAUGAAGAAGAUGUGCAAGAAGAUGCUGAAUCUCUUCCUAUGCAACUCUUCCAAAGAACACCCUCUUCUCAUCAGACAUAUGCAUCUGACAGUUAUCUUCAACUCAAGGAGGUUAACAAAAUCAAAGAGCAAAUAGCAAAUGUCACCGUCAGCCUACAGAAGCAAAUGUCUCUUCUCCAAAUGGACAUCAGAUCAGCUCUGGCAGUGUCUUCAGCAAAUCAGCGAAGCAAUCCGGAGAACUCAACACGGCAUCUAUCCAGCUCAGGACUGGAUGGAACAGAGGCUGUAGGAACAAUUGCUGCCCACUUCUCAAAUGAUAACCAAACAGAGGAGAGACGCAACAACAUAAGGCGCAUCAAAGAACUAUGUGGAAACAUGCAAGGCAUCAGUGAGAUUGCUGGAUCUUCAAAGCGCAAGAAGCACUGAAGGCUUUUUUCAUCAAACCAGGGGGAAAGUAUGUGAAAACACUAAUUUGCUUUGAUGAAAACACCUUCUUGUUUAAACAUUGCUUGAUUGGUUUAAACAUUGCUUCAAUAUUUCUCUUAAUUGUACUUAUUAUGCUUGAUUAUGCCUAUCUCAAGUAUGAUUUUGAGAUUUAUUCCUGAGCGCAUACAUUCAAGGGGAAUGUAAUUCAGGGAGAACUUAACUGUUUUUUGGCUAACAAUUGUUUUUGGCAAUGAAUUAUUGAUGAGCUC